UGGUGACACAGCGGUUUUGUUGAUGAAAAUAAGUGGAGAUGGCCGCUUGUUUUUGCUGUUUUCGAUGCUUUCCAUGGCGAGCUGGGUUUGGAAGCGGACACGUCCCACUAAAAGAAAUACCAUCGGUUGUUCUUGAUACCUCACACAUGGGUAAUGAUGUUGUGAUAGUGAAAUCAGGAAGACGAAUCUGUGGGACAGGAGGAGCUUUGGGGAAUGCACCGUUAGUCCAAGACAAAGCAUACUUUGAAAUCAAGCUGCAAUCAACAGGUAUUUGGGGUGUCGGUCUUGCCACUAGGAAGAGUAAUUUAAGUCGUGUUCCGCUGGGAGAGUGUGCUGAAUCCUGGGUAAUGAGAUCUGAUGGUACAGUGUGUCAUGCAGGAGAGCCUCUUCAUAAACCUACCAUUGAAGUCGCAGAGGGGGAUCUUAUUGGUGUGACAUACGACCACAUGGAAUUGAACUUCUUCAAGAAUGGUGAGAAUCUUCAAAUACCGGUCAGUGGUAUCAAAGGAACGUUAUAUCCUGCAGUAUAUGUGGAUGAAGGAGCUAUCUUAGAUGUCCAAUUCAGUGAGUUUUACCACCCACCACCCAGUGGAUAUGACAAGAUAAUGUUUGAACAAUCCUUGUUAUGACGCUCCUAUACCUACUCCAACCCAUGGACUGCAUGGGUCAUCGUCAUUCCAUCAGCAAAGUGGUGGGUUUCAUGAAGCAGUUGUUUACACUGACAACUGUCAUAAGCCUCUGGAAUCCUUGCAUGUGAUUGGUCAAGGUCAAAUUUAUCAUUUAGUUUCACUGCCUUCCUAUGACCACUAGGGGAGGGUUUCAUGAAGCUUCUGUUUACAUUGACAGUUAUAAGCUACUGAAAUAAUUGCAUGUGAUUGGCCAAGAGCAAAUUUGUCAGUUAGCUUUUUAACUGCCAUUUAUCUCCAGUAGGAGAGGGUUUCAUAAAUCAUUAUUUACAAUGACAACUAUUGUAAGCUGGGUACAAGAUCCCUGCUUGUGAUUGGCCAAGAGGAAAUUUGUCAGUUAGCUUAAGUCAUUUAUCACCAGUAGGGGAGGGUUUCAUAAAAAAGUGUUUUUUACACUGACAGCUAUUGUAAGCUAGGUACAAAAUCCUUGCUUGUGAUUGGCCAAGAGCAAAUUUGUCAGUUAGCUUAAUUGUCAUUUAAUGCCAGUAGGGGAGGGUUUCAUAAAGAUUGUUUUUUUUACACUGACAGCUAGGUACAAAAUCCUUAUGUUUGGCCAAGAGCAAAUUUGUCAGUAAGUUUUACUGCCUUUCUAUAACCACCAGGGGAGGGUUUCAUGAAGUAUUUGUUUACAUCAACGACUGUUAAAAGCUACUUAAAUCCUUGCAUGUGACUGGCCAAUAGCAAAAUUUUCAGUUUCAUUGAUAAUUUAUCACUACUAGGGGAGGGUUUCAUAAAGGUGUUUUUUACACUGAUGAUUGUUAUAAGCUACUGAUAUCCUUGGUUACAAUUUUGCCAAGAACAAAUUUAUCAAUGAUUUUCACCUGCACAGACCUUCAAAACCAGGUCAGGGUUUUGGUCUUUAUGAAACAGGCCCCAGAACUGCAUUCGGCUUGUACAUAGUACAUUGCAUGGCAUUGCAAAACUUCUUGCUUUUGAUUUUUAAUAUAUAAACUGGUAUACUUUAUAUCUCUUUAUGUUGGAUUGCAGCUUUGAUUUGACAAAAUAAAGUAUGCCAAUUUUCGCUUUGAGAAUUUUUACCCUUGUGUCACAUAAUUUUUUACCCAUCAAACAUUUUAGCUUUCAAUAUUAAAAAAAAAUGAAAAUUGAAAUUUAUUUGAAUUCAAAGAAUGUUUGAAGGUGGUUUUAAUUUAUAAAGAAAAUUGC